AUGGCACAACCUCCUAUUCUCAGGCCUGAUCUUGAUACUAUAGUCUCCUUGGCCGAGACCAUCAGCAAGUGCGCCAGGCAGCUUGAGUCGUCGGGGGCGUCUGUUGGUAUGCCCCCCUCACCGCCAGCGUCGCCAAAGACCCAGCAGAACAUUCAAGGCACUGAACGGACAGAACUACGGGAAGCGUGCGAUAAGCUGCUGUAUCUUGCUGCCGGACCGUAUGAACAUCUUAUGGCCACAGCACAGUCUCACCGGGUCGAGGCAGCACUUCAAUUCGCCGCCCAUUUUGAUUUGGCAUCCUAUGUACCAUCAGACGGUUCCAGUAUUGCAUUUUCAGAGUUAGCUGCAGCCACAGGGCUCCCCACCCUCCAGAUCUCACGAAUAUUUCGGAUCUUGGUGGUAUAUCACAUCUUCUGUGAGCCGCGGCUUGGUUUUGUGGCUCAUAACGCCUGCUCCAGGCUACUUCUAGAGCAGCAUAUCCAUGCCACAGUAAGCUAUUAUACUGAUGAAUCGUUCCGCGCGGCAUCCUGUCUGUCUGAAACGACUAGAAAGUGGCCAGGUACGCAGGAGAGGAAUGAAACGGCUCUGAACUUGGCGUACAACACAACGUUGCCCAAGUUCGAAUUUUUCAACGCAGAGCCUUGGCGAGCUGCGAGAUUUCGCAUGGCCAUGGCAGGUAUGACUCAGGGCGAGUCGUUCAGCCUGCAACACCUCCUUCAGGGCUUCGAUUGGGCCAGUCUUCCAGAAGGAAGCAUGGUGGCCGACAUUGGCGGGGGCGGAGGGCACGUUUCGGUUGCCCUUGCCGAAGCGCAUACAAAUCUCAACUUCAUCGUGCAGGAUCUCAAGACCGCUUUUGAUGGCAACAGUAUCCCUGAAUCGCUGUCUGGCCGUAUCAGCUUCCGGGAGCACAAUUUCUUCACUACUCAGCCGUCUUCUGCAGACGUGUUUUUGUUCAGAUGGAUCCUGCACGACUAUCCAGAUAAAUUUGCCCGCAAGAUUUUGCAAAAUACGGUGGCCGCCAUGAAGCCCGGUUCGAGGAUUGUCGUGAUGGAAGGGGUCAUGCAACCUCCUGGAAGUCAAAGUCACAUAUGUGAAAGAAAAUCAAGUGAGCGGGAUCUUGACGCUUGGAAAUCGUUGUUCUAUGAAGCAGACCCAAGUUUGAAACUAGUCAAGGUUACAACGCCGGCGGCCAGCGCGUUGUCUGUAAUGGAACUACAAUUAGAUGUAUAG